GGAGCAUGUCCCAUUGUACGAGGAUUUUCUGAACGAGUGCCGCGACUGUUGAGCUUAAAGACGGAGGGGGGUUUCUUGCAAAGUUGUGUCAUCUGUGGUAGCCGGUUUGUCGCACUUAGAUAGGUCGGAACCGCACGGAAUUGUCGCCAUAUAAGCCUCUCACGGUCCACAAUGAAUGGGUUCAGCACAGAGGAGGACAGCCACGACGGACCGCCAGCUCCGCCGUUUUACGGACAGAGCUGCUGCCUGAUCGAGGACGGGGAGCGCUGCGGCCGCUCGGCUGGAAACGCCUCCUUCAGCAAGAGGAUCCAGAAGAGCAUAUCCCAGAAGAAACUCAAGCUGGACAUCGACAAGAGUGUGCGACACCUCUACAUCUGCGACUUCCAUAAGAACUUCAUCCAAAGCGUCCGCAACAAGAGGAAGAGGAAGACCAGCGACGAUGGAGGAGAGUCCCCAGAUCAUGAUGUGGAGGUGCCUGAGGUCGAUCUUUUCCAGCUGCAGGUGAACACGUUGAGACGCUACAAGCGGCACUACAAGCUGCAGACCAGGCCCGGGCUCAACAAGGCCCAGCUGGCAGAGACGGUGAGUCGCCACUUCAGGAAUAUCCAGGUGAACGAGAAGGAGACGCUGACCUACUUUAUUUACAUGGUGAAGAGUAGCAAGAGCCGCUUGGACCAAAAAGGAGACGGCGGCAAACCGCUGGACUAAAUACACUCAUCAAACAACAACAACAACAACAACAACCACAGGUAGCUCCAGAGGUAGCUCCAACAGUAAUCGACAACCUGGACACCACUAACAGCGACAACAGCCAAGACCAGCUCCUCUCCUCGCAGCCCUGUCACCGUCCCGCUCCUCUGUGAGAACUCGUUAACCGAAAAGGAGGAGAACUCUGGGUGGGAUGAGUUCACGUAUGCUCAUUUUGUCCUCUUCUGCGCAUGUCGAUCCUCCUCCAGUUGCAUUUCCUCUUCCUCCGCUAAAGCACGGUCCCUAAAGACUGUCAAGGACCAGGACUCAAUCCGCAGGGUUUUUACGUCAUCAUGCUGUAAUGUAACUUGUCAAUAUGUACAAAAGAACAGCGUCCGAUCUUACAUAACUCGGCUGAAUGCAAAUGUAUAAUAUAGCUGCCUUAAGAGUAAAAACACAAACAAAAAAACGUUUUGGUAAUUUGGGGUAUUUUUUUUUCUUCUCUGCCAAUUUGACUGUUAACACGCUGACCGCAGGGUAUGUCUGUGCCAAACAGGAGAAGCGUGUUGGACUUGAAUGACGAGUGGGUUUGUUUUUUAUUGUGACUGAAUGAAUCUUUGGGAGAGGGCGGCGCCAACAAGCAUAUCAGGACCAUCAGAUUCCUCCUAAAUUCUCAAUAUCUAAGACAAACUGAUCUCAGUCCUGAUCUUUAAACUUCUUAGUCGCCCUUCUCCCGACAGGAUGUGAUGUGUUUAAAGACGGAUGGUGGUGAACGAUGUAGCAUUCGGCUAUGACCCACUCCUCUUCUUUCUAGCUGUUUUAUGUACGUAUGAACACACACACACACCAACUUAUUUCAUCACAGUUGUUGGAAGCUGAUUUCAUUUCUUUCUUUGUAACCCGGAUUUAUUUUUUUUCUCUUUAGUUCAGCCUUAAGUUGUAUAAAGUCGUGUCUGUCUACAUUUUCCCUCCCCCCACCUGAAGUGUGUGAGUGUGCAUGAGUGAUAGGAGUAUAAGAGUAAUUAUUAGUGUCUUUUUAAUAUUUAAGAGCAGUGUUUAUAGUGGACAGCGUCUCAAGUCUUUAUUUGAUACUUAACGUACCUGGAUGUAUUUCAAGAAGUCGGGUUGGCCACAUGACUCAAGCAGAAUUCAAUGUUUUAUCUUAUUUUUCACUCGAGCAGUUAAUCAGCUUGAAACACGAUGCCCUCCCUCCAUGUCAGCCAGCAAGAAUCACAGUUCUAGUGGAGGUUUUUUAUUCUUUUAUUCCUAAUUGAAAUAAACCAACGUCACGUGCGUCUCCAUAAAGUGUGUAAACGUCCAACAUGAAUCUUAAUGUGGAUCCUAAAGUGGCAUCACACCAAAACUUUAUUAUUGUUUUUCUUCUUGACUUCUUAAAUUAUAAUUUUUCUUAAUUGUUAACCUGUCAAUUAUCCAAGUCAUCGAUUUAAUUGUUCGGUAAGAUCAAUACCGGUUGGCUUGUAUUUUAAAUUUCAGUAACAUGAAGCCACGCGCCCGUCAUUGGAAGUGACACAUUUCUUAUGGAGAAUGCGGCACAAAGUUUAUUUUCAUUCUUAAUGCACUGCUGAAACAUCCAGGUUUGCUUUUCUUCUCAAAACUUUAUUUUAUUUUUUUCAUUGUUACACAUUUUGUAGUUUUUAUCUGGAUUUUGUGAAACUCUUCAUCCUCCAGCACACAUCAUAUUUAAGUUUGUCCACCACACUGAGUUUAUCUACGUUUGACAGGGUUGUUUUUUUUUUGGUUUUUUUUUUUAGUGUCUUGCUCUAUUUUCAGUUUUGCUUGUAGGUUCGUUAGUGUCAUGUAGAUAUCACCCCACUUUAUUAACAUGUAGGCCAAGCCACAUUAACCUAUUGUUGUAUUAGGAAAAAGAAUAUUUAAAUACGGCUGCUUAAUGCUCCUGAUGAUGAUAAUAAUGAUGAUGACAAUAAUAAUAAUAAAUGUAUUGUACAGGCUGAA